CUCCUUCUGUCUUCCUUUUUCUUUUUCAUAUGUGGGACCAAUCCUGACCAUGGCUGGAAUCCCUCAAACGACUCAUUCACAUCAUACAUACGUGCAUGGACUCACUCACACACACACACACACACACACACACUUUGUCCACUGGGCAUACCUUCACACAUACACAACAGUCUCCACCUCACUACAUUCUGCCUACAGUACAAGCCCACAGUGAUUGCCUGUGUGUGUAUUCACCUGGCAUGCAAGUGGUCCAACUGGGAGAUACCAGUGUCUACUGAUGGGAAACAUUGGUGGGUGUAUGUGGACAGCUCUGUUACUCUCGAGCUCCUUGAUGAGCUGACACAUGAGUUUCUACAGAUUUUGGAAAAGACGCCCAGCCGGUUAAAGAGAAUACGCAACUGGAGAGCCACCCAAGCUGCCAAGAAGCCCAAAUCCGAGAACAGCCAACUGACUGACACUUCCAUCGCUGGACCUUCAAUGCUUCAAGACCAUUCCCUGCUCGAUGGCUCACUCGUUGGCGUACAUCGCUCAAGUUUUUCCAAAUCAGGUGGCACCUUUACUGCCUCUCUUCCUGCUCAGUCUGGAGGUGCACCGCUGUCCCUGGACGCUUUCUCUGGCCCUUACAACCCACCUAGCCACAGUGAAUGGCCCCAGACCAACCCAAGUCAAUCAGGGUAUUCAUCCAGUUGUAUAAAACAGGAACCCCUCACCGCUUCUCACCAAGAGCAGACACUGUCCUUACAUACCUCUGCUUCCUCUUUGCAUCCACCUCCAUCAGCAAUCAAAACUGAGAAAACUGUAGAUCUCAACAUAAAACAGGAAUUGAAAGGAGCGUGUGCAAGUGGAGCUGGUAAGAAUCAGCCAUCUACUUCGUCUUCAUAUCCACCACAACACUCCUCAGCACCCAAAAUGUCACUGGACAAAUACAGAGAAAAGCAUGGUGUAGAAGCCGCUGCUGCUUCUGGCCAGAAAGGCCGUCAGGAGCAGCAUGGCACACCAAUUGAGAACAACAUGAGAGGGGAUCUUUCAUCUUCCUCUAACUAUGCACCACCGUCUUUGAGCCAGGCUGAUCAUAGAAGGUAUUCACAGACUCAUCAAAUGUCCCAAAGUGCUCAAAGUUUAGGUAGCGGUAGCAGUUCUACUGCAUCGCCAGUAAAGAACAGAGCUCCUUCCGCAACGUCCGGGCAGGACAGACGCCACCAUGGUGACAAAUGGGACAAAAGUUCACUUAAUCACUUGGCGAUCCCUGGCCCUGGGGGAAACGCCCAGACGGACAGAAGCAAGGAGGAGCUUAAGAUGAAAAUAAAGGUUUCCUCGUUAGCAGAGCGCCACAGUUCAUCGGACGAAGGCCCAGCCUCCAACAACAAGAGUAAACAUUCCAGCCCUCUAGUGAGCAAAGAGAAACCGCACCGAGGCGCCGACCACAGUGUUCACCGCCAUCACAAAUACAGUCACCACAACCCCCACUCUCACAGCGGGAACGGACAAGGGGGCCCCGAGGGCCUGUUUCGGGGUCCUCCGGGACUUAUAACUCUCGAAGGAAUCGCGCUUCCUCACAGCGGAUCCAUGUCUUUGACUUCGUCAUCCCGAAAGAGGGCGCACCCUGAGGUCAAUCACAAUCAACACCCUUCUUCCUCAUCCUCCGCUGCUUCUUGCUCCAAACCAAGCAAAGUCUCCAAGGUUGGCACUGCUGCAGGUGGGCUGCGGACCUCUCAGCAGUAUCUCCCUCCUAGCGGGUCGCCACAUGAAGUGGGAGACCAGAGACACUGAGCGAACCUCUUCUGCUUGCCGCCAUGGUUCUUCACAUGGAAAAUGCAAGAAACUACCCACAGUUCAAACUACUAUGCGCACCUCCUUGUUAAGUGCCCCAGGAGAAAUCUCAGCAAUGAUAUACCCUUUAUUGAAAGGCACAACAUUGUACGAAAAAAAAAAAAAUGAAGUAUGUGUGCGGGCCUUUGAUAGAAAUGAAAGAGGAAAGUUAAAGCUUCCAUACUCUGACCUCUGGACUGUGAUCCCCAGUCCCAUCUUUCUCUUGGUGUCAAAUUGCUGCUGGUCUCUCCUUCCUGAAACACGCCGAUGAGCACGCUAAGGUUGGGUGUGGCCGGCAGUUGGAAAAGUGUGUAUUUACAUUGAGGGCAAGCCACCUUCCCUACAUUUCACAUCUCCGUAUAGGAAAAGAAAAGUAUUACAAGUUGUAUAAAAGGCACGGAACGGGCGCCCUCAUUUUCUUCCUCUAGUUUUAUGUUUAAAUAAGAUGCAAUUUUAUGCAGCAUGCUAAUCCAGCCGGACAGGAGUUCAACUUAUGUAUGUUGUCAUUCCUUAAUUGCAAUAUUGAUGGAUGCAUUUUUUUUUUAAGUGGACGAUUUCAGUAACCUUUUCGUUUUCUACACUUAAGUACUGUUAAUUAUCAAGUUUUCAUCAAAGGGAUGCAGAAGAACACGCUCACCAUUCACAGGAAGUGGAGACAAACGUACAUACAUUUUUGUAUGUUAAGACAAGUAUAUCGUGACUACUCAGGUUUGGUGCAAGUUAUAAUUAUGACAAAAUAAUUGCGAAACCUACUUUUAAAAAAAAAAAAAAAAAAAAAAGCUCUGUUGAUAAACCGAUUGGGCACCAUGGGGAAAAUACAGUGUUCAAGAGGCACAUGCUUUUUACUGUUACCCAAACGGUAAGAGUUGUGCCUAUAAUAGAAGGCUAACAAAAAUUAUACUGUAGUAGCGUGCCAUGGAAGUCUAUACUGAUACUGUAUAACCUCUUAUGCAGUGUAUCACACAAUAACGAGGCACUUAAACGCCUUUUACCUGUCAGUGACAUUUACUCAAUAUUAUUCUGAAGUGAAUCAGUUAAGUGGAAUGACCUGCUGUGUUUUUCUUUUAUUUUACUUUUGAGAAAAGUUGAUUCUUCUGUGGACGAAUUUGGUAGGUUGUCAACCUUAAUCCAGUUUGGUACAUUUGCAACCAUUGUCACCACAUCAGUUGUUGACAUUAAACGCCUAAAUCUU